AUGGCUACAAAGACCUCAGCCGCACUUGCUUUAUUCCUCGUGACCAAUCUUCUCUUCCUCAACCUUAUUACUCCCGUUUUCGCAAACAAUACUUGCCCAAGAGACGCACUCAAACUUUCUUCAUGCGCAAAUAUUCUCAACCUCAUAAACUUGAACCUUGGCGCACCGGCUAUGAGACCUUGUUGCUCUAUUCUUUUCGGUCUAAUCGAUCUGGAUGUUGCGGUUUGCCUUUGCUCCGCGCUUAAGCUCAGCAUUCUCGGCAUCAAUAUCGACACUCCCAUUCACCUUAACUUAGCCCUCAACGCUUGUGGAGGAAACCUUCUCGAUGGCUUCCAGUGCCCAACAUAG